CGGCGGUUAGAGCGAGCGGGACGGAGUUAGGACCGCUCGGAGCGCCCAGGUCUGAGGUAGUGUAAGGUUUGCAAUCCUUCCACUUGCUGGCAGUUGCAGAAGAUCUGCUUUUAAGUGAAACGUACAUGCCACCCCUCCAAGGGCUGCAGUUUCCCCCGGCUUGCUUCUUUCUUUCUCUUCUCCGGCCCUUGCGCUCACUCUUUAAUUUGUACGCGCCCCUAAGUUUGCAGAGAGCUCGCUGCCGGCUGGGAGCAGGGUCCGGCCAGGCGCCGCGGGCGGGGGCGGGGAGCCCGGGAACCGCAAUCCAGAAGCAUCGCGGGCCAUGUAUAUUUCAUCAAAUGGACUUUGGGUGCGUCGCGUCUCGCAGCCAUCAACGCUAUGUGCAGUGACAUUUCUGACUUGAGUGGAGGAAUGCGCGAAGGAAGCCCGGACGAAAUUGGUACUAGAGGAUCUUCUUGGCGCCAAUGCUAAUUGUCCUGAUUUAUGUCCCUUCUGAGUAAGCUCAACGUCUUCGUCUGAAAUAAAAUGAAAGCUGUGCCAAGCGGGGUAGAACCACCGGACCGCUGGUUCUGAUCCCCGGGAAAUCAGGAAGUCGUCCUGCGGCUUAAAAAAAAAAAAAAAAAAAUAGGGGAAAAAAAAGAAAAGGAAAAAAAAAAAAAAAAAAAACAACCCUCAGUAAAGUUUAAGGCGAGAAGUGGCAGAGGCAGUGGCGCGAGGAGGCGCGGAGGAGACCCGGCAAGCAGAGGACUGGGCUGGCAAGACCUCCCGAAGGCUGCGAUUUCAUUAUUAAUAUCACUAUAUUUUUGGAGGGAGAGGCACCUUUCUCAUCUUCCCUUCCUCUCCGCCCACCCCUAUUCCCUCCCCCUCAUCUACCUGUCAAAGUCACUGAUCUUUUGCAUUUCGGAAGAGGACGUCAACGGGAAGGAAUUCCCCCUCUCGGCUAGGGCUCCGAGAGGGGGCGACGUGCAGGAGGCUGCCCGCCCCCCGCCGGGGGGCCCGAGGCGAAGGGUGUUGGUGCCAGAAGAGAAGAAUGAUUGAUGGGAAGCAGACACCGAGCGAUAGACACUCGUCCUUUUGCUUUAGCUACUGACACCUCAGUGCGCCUGAGCAUCCCUUGUGAACUGUGAGCGUCGAGCACCCAGGGUUAUUGGAUGUACAAUAGGAGAGCCAUCAUUUUGAUAAAUCAUUAUCUGCUACUGGACAUCUUUUAUAAAAAACCAAACUAGACCCAAGGCUAAUAGAUGCGUUCUAGGACAAUGAAAAAGCUGCAAGUUGUUGCUAAUGCCUAGUGCACAAGUAUGCUAGGCUUCCACCAAAGUCCUCAAUAUACCUGAUCAUGUGCAAUAUAUGAACCUUUCACUUUUAGUUUUGGAAUCUACGUUGAAGUCUCAUCUUCUUUUUCUUUUUUUUUUUCCUUUUUUUAAUAUACAAACCUACCUACGUAUAGACAUAGAUAAGCUGCUUUAGUGACCACGAAGAUUGCCAAGAAUUUAGAGAUGUAUUUGUCAAGAUUCCUGUCAAUUCAUGCCCUUUGGGUUACAGUGUCCUCCGUGAUGCAGCCCUACCCCUUAGUGUGGGGGCAUUAUGAUGUGUGUAAGACUCAGAUUUAUACGGAAGAGGGGAAGGUUUGGGAUUACAUGGCCUGUCAGCCGGAAUCCACAGACAUGACAAAAUAUCUGAAAGUGAAACUGGAUCCUCCAGACAUUACCUGUGGAGACCCUCCUGAGACAUUCUGUGCAAUGGGCAACCCCUACAUGUGCAAUAAUGAGUGUGAUGCAAGUACCCCAGAACUGGCACACCCACCUGAACUGAUGUUUGACUUUGAAGGAAGACAUCCCUCCACCUUUUGGCAGUCUGCUACUUGGAAAGAGUAUCCCAAGCCUCUCCAGGUUAACAUCACUCUAUCUUGGAGCAAAACUAUCGAGCUAACAGACAACAUAGUUAUUACCUUUGAAUCCGGGCGUCCAGACCAAAUGAUCCUGGAGAAAUCUCUUGACUAUGGACGAACGUGGCAGCCGUAUCAGUAUUAUGCCACAGACUGCUUAGACGCUUUUCACAUGGAUCCUAAAUCCGUGAAGGAUUUAUCACAGCAUACGGUGUUAGAAAUCAUUUGCACUGAAGAGUACUCCACGGGUUAUACGACAAAUAGCAAAAUCAUCCACUUUGAAAUCAAAGACAGGUUCGCAUUUUUUGCCGGACCUUGGUUACGCAACAUGGCUUCCCUCUACGGACAACUGGAUACCACCAAGAAACUCAGAGAUUUCUUUACAGUCACAGACCUGAGGAUAAGGCUUUUGAGACCCGCUGUCGGGGAAAUAUUUGUAGAUGAGCUACACUUGGCACGCUACUUUUACGCAAUCUCAGACAUAAAGGUGCAUGGAAGGUGCAAAUGUAAUCUCCAUGCCACUGUGUGUGUGUAUGACAACAGCAAAUUGACCUGUGAAUGUGAGCACAACACUACAGGUCCAGACUGUGGGAAAUGCAAGAAGAAUUAUCAGGGCCGACCUUGGAGUCCAGGCUCGUAUCUCCCCAUCCCCAAAGGCACUGCAAAUACCUGUAUCCCCAGUAUUUCCAGUAUUGGUACUCCUCCAAAGUUUAAUAGGAAAUGGCCGAAUAUUUCUUCCCUUGAGGUUUCUAACCCAAAACAAGUUGCUCCCAAAUUAGCUUUGUCAACAGUUUCUUCUGUUCAAGUUGCAAACCACAAGAGAGAUUGUGAAUGCUUCGGCCACUCCAAUCGAUGCAGUUAUAUCGAUCUGCUAAAUACAGUCAUUUGCGUGAGCUGUAAACACAACACUAGAGGGCAGCACUGUGAGUUAUGCAGGCUGGGCUACUUCAGAAAUGCUUCUGCACAGCUGGACGAUGAGAAUGUGUGCAUAGAGUGUUAUUGUAACCCUUUGGGCUCAGUCCAUGAUCGUUGUAAUGGCUCAGGAUUUUGUGAGUGUAAGACUGGAACGACAGGGCCUAAGUGUGAUGAGUGCCUGCCGGGAAAUUCCUGGCACUACGGCUGUCAACCGAACGUCUGCGACAACGAGCUCCUGCACUGCCAGAACGGAGGGACGUGCCACAACAACGUGCGCUGCCUGUGCCCCGCCGCCUACACCGGCAUCCUGUGCGAGAAGCGGCGCUGCGAGGAGGCGGGCGGCUGCAGCCCCGACUCCGGCCAGGGCGCGCCCCCGCGCGGCUCGCGCGCGCUGCUGGCGCUGCUGGCCGCUCUGCUGGGGGCGGCCGGCCCCCUGGGCAUCUAGGCGGCGCGCCCAGCCACCGGACGGGCCGUGCUCUGGGGAAGCAAACACAGCCCCGGCGUUUGCUGCUAACAUAGGAAACCCGCCCUCAGACACCCCCACUCAAACACAGUGUACAAAGAAGGCCUAACUGAACUAAGCCAUAUUUAUCAGCCGUGGACAGCACACCUGAGUCAAGACUGUUAAUUUCUGACUCCCAGAGGAGUUGGCAGCUGUUGAUAUUAUCACUGCGAAUCACAUUGCCAGCUGCAGAGCUUACCACCCAUCGGAAAGGCUGUGACAGCCCCCCAAAAGGAAAGAAAAACAACAACAACAAAUCAACCAACCGAAAAACAUUUGCUACAGGCACGUGGCGUGCCCCAGCACCACCCGGCCCCGUGUGUGGACCAACCAAAUAGAAGCAUCUUUUGCUGGCAGUGCGUUGUGGGUCUAAGGAAGUCUGUUACAAGCUGCCAUAUUGGCCUGCUUCAGCCCCUGAACCCCCUUCCAACCUGUGCUUUAGUGAACCGUUGCUCUGUAACCCUUGUUGGUUGAAAGAUUUCUUUGUCUGAUGUUAGUAAUGCACACGUGUAACAGCCCCCUCCAAAAGCUCCAACCAGUCAUACCCUGUGUAUCUUAGCAGCACUGAGUCAUCCCAGUGCAAGCACACAUCCACUGUCCCCAAGAGUGGCUACAGGAAAAAAGAAAGUGUAUCUAUCCUUUUGUAUUCAAAUGAAGUUAUUUUUCUUGGAAUACUGUAAUAUGUAGAUUUUUUGUAUUCUUGCCAAUUUGUGUUACCAGACAAUCUGUUAAUGUAUCUAAUUCGAAUCAGCAGAGACUGACAUUUUAUUUUGUCCUCCUUCAUCCUGUUUUGUUUCAUUGUGCAGAGAUUUCUCUGUAAGGGCAACGAACUUGCUGGCAUCAAAGAAUAUCAGUUUACAUAUAUUAACAAGUGUAAUAAGAUUCCACCAAAGGACAUUCUAAGUGUUUUCUUGUUGCUUUAACACUGGAAGAUUUAAAGAAUAAAAAUUCCUGCAUAAACGAUUU